AUGAUUUCAGACGAAAAGAUAAUCAGUCAACUUGAAUCAUUGGGUAUGAAUGACGUUACAGAAGAAUUUAAAAAGAUUUCUGGCUAUGGAAAGCCAAUUGUUCCAACAUUUUACGCCAAGAAAACAAAAACUCAUCAAAAUUUCAGAAAUUUGCUUUAUUCAGUACAACAAAAAGCAUUUUACAUAUCGGAAGAUGAACGAAAAUUACUUGAAAAGAAUAUAAAUCCUGAUUCAAGAGAUAUUGAUGUUUUAUCAAUUGAUUUUACAGGCUUAAAGCAAUCAUUUCCUUCGGAAAAACAGAGAAUAUUAGCAGAUGAUAUAAUAACUACCUUCACAGACCAAGAUAAAAAGUUUAAUGGCAUAAAAUACCACGAAUUCAUUGAUUGGUACAACAAUUUAUUGAACGUUUUGGAGAAGAUUAAUAGUAUUGAAGAAAUUGAUUCGUGCCAAUGUAUUUCAUCAUCCUGCUUACAACAAUUUAUCAUUGAAAAAGUUAAAGAAUUUUCAACAGUGUAUCCGAAUACAACUGAUCCAGAAUGGACCAAAAACAUUUAUUCUACAUAUGUUCUCAACAGAAUUCUUUUCGAUCUACAGUUAAAUCCUUAUCAACGAAUUUCUGUACCUUUACUUGUCAAAUCUAAAGCAUUUUCCGAAUUUAUUGAACUCGACAAAUACGAUACCUGCUCAGUUUCACAUAAAGAAGUUUCAAUGAUUUAUGAUCAUUUUACAAAAGUUGCAGAGCCGCAAACAUUAACAAUCAAGAAGGAAAAGAUGAAAGAAAUAUACUCAUUCAGGUUCAAUGAUCUUUUCAUCGAUAAAUUGUAUGAACACAUCGAAACUCGCAAUAAUGAAGCCACAUUCUUAGGAUUCAUUCAGUUUUACAUACCCCUUCGCUUUAUUUCUGAGUACCCUCAUGCAAUAAACUUCUUUUUCAAGAUUCUUGACGCAGAUGAUGAUGGAAUUUUAGGUCGUGAUGACAUUUAUUACUACUACAAAGCUCAAAUGGCCGAAUCUUUGCAUACAAAGAUAUUUUUCGAUCUUUUUUAUUCUCGUCUUCUUGAUAUUUGUACAUUAAAAGUAGAUGAUAUGAAUUCUGCAAAUAUCGAGAACUCUGGAUACUCUAGAGACAUUGUUAAUACGCUUAUUGACGUUGAAACCUUUGAAAAUACAUAUUCAGUUCCAACAGCUUUUGGAAUGGACUUUGAUGAAGACGAAGAAUAUGAAGAAGAAGAGAAAAUGGACUUUUAA